AUGAACCAGUCCAAAUGGGCCGACUCCCCCAGCGAGUCCGCUGCACCAGCUCCACCUCCGGCCGCCAUUGCGACGCCUACGAAGAGCCCCGGAGGUGGAAGAGUGCAGAAUCUUAUCAGGAUGUUCUCGCACGACGGCAGUGGGAGCGGGAGUCCUACUAAGGGCACAUCUCCGCAACCACCAUCUGCUACAUCGCCUCAACCACCUACAGCAACGUCUCCCCAGCCACCCGCUCCUACUUUUACUCAACCGCCCGCUGCCAACUCAGCCUCGGCCGUCUCGCGCUCCCCCUCGUCCCGAGCUCCUCCCACACCUUCGACAUUGUCUGCAGCAGCCCCAGCAUUCCUUCCCCCACCCGCGACCUCUCCCGCUCCACCCCCGCCUGAUGUCUCGACCAUGGAUCCAUUUGCGCAAACGGGAGCAGCGGAGGAAGAUCUGUUCGACGAUGUGAUCUCGCCGGGUGAAGCGGGGGAGAUGCGGGUAAGGGACGAGGAGGAUCUAUUUAGUGAGGGGUUUACGCCUGCUAAGGAGGUUGUUGCGGAGGAGGCACGGCGGCCGCAGGAGCAGAUGGGGAUGGGGCAGAGGGGCGGGGGUGGGCGACGAAGGGGAAGGGGGCGGGGCGUGGGUGACGAGGGCAGGGGGAGAGGAAGAGGUCGAGGGAGGGGCAGAGGGAGGGGUGGGUUUGCGAGAGGAGAUGGAGGUGAAGAGCAGGGCCGUGAGGUGAUUGAGCAGCAACGGAGUGGUCAAUCGGAGGAGCAGGCAUCACAGACUGUCCCUACAGUCGCUACGUCCGAGCCACCAGAAAACGCCCCUACCGGCCCUAAACAGGAGGCGACCGCCGUCUCAGCUGUCCGAGGCGACCGGCGCGCAACCGGCGGUACCAAGAAGCCACGCCUCACCGAGGCCGAGCUCGAAGCAAAAAUGGCCGCCAUCAGCAUCAAGAACGCAUCCCUCACCGCCGCUCACGCGAGGGCAGAAGCCGAUGCCGCGUCUUUCGCUGAAAGAGAAGCCACUGCCCGGGCCCAGUCGCUGCAGAAAAAGAAAGAAGAGCGGCGAGAUCGCCAGCAAAUGAUGGGCGAGCGUGAGAAGAAUCGAGCUAGAAAGCUCAAGGCGCUGGGAGGUAGGGAGUGGGAUGCUGAAAAAGGUGAGGACGGACCUGAGGGCUUUGGAGGGAAGGAUAGGGGAUUCGGACGGGACCAAGAGGGUUGGACGGAUGGGAGGGAGUACUUGUAUCGAGAGCCCAGAAACGAAGGGAGAGGCAGAGGACGAGGUAGAGGUAGAGGCGGCAGAGGAGACGAGCCAGCGCGUCCGCCGAGGCAGGAGGACUUUCCUGCGUUGCCGCCAGCGAAUGCCGAUAAGGAGGGCAAAGCCAUGAAAGAGAUGGCCGCGGCGGCGGAUGGGAAGAGUUGGGCUGAUCAGGUCGAGGGAGCUGCUGGUGUUUGA